AUGUCAGCAGCAGAAGACAUCCGCUACCGGCAAUCGUCACAGUUCCGGCUGUGGUCCUUCUCCCCGGCCCAGCUCGCCGCCACGCGCGAGAAGACCAACAGCCUAGCCCGGGCCAGCAUCUCGGAGCGACUCUCGACGCCCACCGCCUCGAGCACCAACACUCCCGACCCGACCGACCUCCUCCAGCCGCCGCAGCCGCAGCAGCCGCAACAACAACAACAGCAACAGCUCCCCGAGUUCCUCUCCCCCGCCGACGAGGCCCAGCUGCUCACCUUCUACACCAUCGAGCUGCUUCGCGCCGGCGCCUUCUGCAAGAUACCCACCGACAUGCGGGCCACGGCGGCUGUGUUCCUGCGCCGGUUCUACGUCACAAACAGCGUCAUGACGUACCCGCCCACCGACCUGCUGAAGACGUGCCUGUUCUUUGGCUGCAAGGCCGAGGGGUGGUAUCAGAGCGCGACGGCGUUCGCCGACCACUUCCCAAACACUACAUCCGAGGAGAUUCUUGCCGGAGAGUUUCUGCUAUGCCAAAGCCUCAGGUUCGCCUUCGACGUCAGGCACCCGUUCCGAGCAUUGGAGGGGGCCAUCAUGGAGCUGCGUCGAUACGGAGACAUUGAGGACAAGCGCAUCGCCUCGGCCCACGGCCGAUCCCGCGAGAUCCUCAAGUUCAGCCCCGUCGUCACCGACGCCUACUUCCACUACACGCCGAGCCAGAUCAUGCUCGCCGCCCUGUCGCUCGCCGACCGCGGCCUCGCCGACCGCCUCAUCCACGAGGCCUUCAGCAGCGGGGCGGCGGCCGCCGCCGCCGCCAACGGCAAGGAGAACCGCAAGGGGGGGGGGGGCUCCUCCUCGGACGAGAAGGCGGCCAGGAUGGUAGCAGUCGCGGCCGACGUCCGGGACAGGGUCGUCGGCGCCGUCGAAGCGUGCAGGGAGAUGCUCGCCAGGGAGCCGCCCGAGCGCAUGACCGAGUUCUGGGGCACGCCCGAAUCCAACAAGGUCAUCAAGCCCCUCCGCCAGAAACUCAAGCGCUGCCGCGACCCCGACCGCUGGGACCUGGUAGCCCUGCAGAAGGCUCGCCGCGAGCACCAGGCCGCCGCGCGGGGGAGGAAGGCCGGAGCAGCCGGCGGCGGCGACGACGACGACGACGACGACAUCUUCAUCCAGGGGGACCCCGACGACGACGACGGCGCCGUCUUUGGCGGCCCAAUCGGUGGCGGCGGCGGUGUUGGCGGCGGCGAAGGGCGCGAACCCAAGAGGCGAAAGGUCGUGGGAAGGGUGCCUGAUGACCCGUUCGGGGGCCCGCUUUGAAGGAGGAUGGGAAUGGUGGGGGAGACGAUCCGCCCCGGGAUCCGGAAUCUUUUUUCCCCCAGCGGAAGAGGGGGGAAAAGGAAGGAAAGGAGGCAGAUGGAUGGCGGCAGCUCAUUCGGCAUGACUACGAAACUAGCGCAUCGAUCGUCUCGUCUUCCACGGGACUGAAGCUUGCUUUACUAGGUUUCGAUCACCCUCCGGAAAUGCCAGUCAUAGCGCCGGGGAUGCAGCGCCUGAGCUU